UUAAACACAGCCCAACUGUCCACACUCUCUUUACCCACCACACCCAAAUAACAGAAUCAACCUUGACGGUUUAGAUUAUCACCAAAUCCACCAACACAACAUUCAAGAUGCGUUUCUCCGUUGCCACCGUUGCCCUCUUCGCCAGCCUCGUUGCUGCCAUCCCCCAGGAUGUCGAGACCGUCUACCAGACUGAGGAUGUGACCAUCAUCUCUUGCGCUCCCACCGUCACCAACUGCCCUGGACGUGUCCACUCGACUUCUACCCCCGAGGCUGUCGCUGCUACCACCACUGAGGGCGUCUCUCCCGUUGCUACCACCACCUCCGUUCCCGAGGUUCCUGCUUCCUCCGUCACUGAGAAGCCCACUUCCUCUGUCCCCGAGGGUGCCUCCGCCGCUGGUACCACCGCUGCUCCCCAGCCUCCUGCUGGCAGCUCUCCCGCUGGUGGUUCCCCUGCUGGUGGCUCCCCCGCUAGCGGCUCCGGCUCCGCUCCUUCGGCUCCCGCUGUUGUCCCCUCCGGCGCCUCCGCCGAGACUGCCGGUGGUGCUCCCCCCGCCGCUGCCAGCAGCUCCGUCACUGUUAUCGCUGUGACCACCUGCGUUCCCACCGUCACCUACUCCACCGUCACUCUCGGUGCUGGUGCCACUGGCCUCCCUGGCAAGCCCGGCAGCGGCAAGCCCACCAAGUCCGCUGCUCUGAUCCCCAGCGGUGCCGCCGCCAUCGGCAGCGGCUACCCUAGCGGCAGCGCUACCCCCUCCCCCUCUGCUGCUCUCUACACCGGUGCUGCCAGCGCCAUCAACGGCAACUCCUUUGCCUUCGCUGGUGCCGCCGCCGCUGCCGCUCUCUUCCUUGCUUAGAUUCCCCCUUCUUGUCCAUAGUAGCCCCCGGGGUCCUUCAUGAGAGUCCGGCCGUCAACUACGGGCGGGGGAACCCUAUAAACUAGGGCACGUGUGAAUAAUUGAAGAGACCCUGUUUUUGGGGGGUUUGUGCCAUAUUUAAGUGUUGAGGUUUUGCUUUCUGGGAGAGAAAUCCGAUUCGUUGCUUGAAAUAUUUUCUUUGACCUAUCUAACUUUC